AUGGCAUCUAACAUUCUCCAGGAUCGACCAGUGAGACCUUUCGUUGACAGCUUAAUAGAAGAUGAGGCUGAGAGAGAGAUGCUGCUGGCCAAGCCGACGUGUUUCUUAAUUAUCGGAAAACCCGGUGUUGGAAAGUCAAUGCUGGCUAAAAGAUUAGCCAUUGCUUGGAGAUGUGUCCUCAUCGAUGAUACAGAGUUGUUGAAGAGCCACAUUGAAAAUGAGACAGACCAAGGCCUGGAGGUUAGUGCGAUCCUGAAUGAAGGCAAGAGCAUUCCAGAGGAGACAGUGAUGAAGCUGAUUCUUGAUCGACUUCAUUCUCCCGAGGUGGACCAUUACGGCUAUGUUCUGUGCGGCCUACCCUCAAUGUCAGAGGAGUGUCUGAAGAUUCCUGAGCAGAUAGAACUGAUCAAAAACCUCAGACUGAAUCCAGAUUUCAUCAUAAACAUCAAGUGUGCAGACAGAGACCUGACCCAGAGGCUGGGAGGACAGCGUCAGCAUGCAGAGACUGGUAGAGUCUUUCUGAAGGAGCAGUGGGACCCGGUUAAAAAGGAGGCCACCAAGAGGAGAAGUGAUGAAGAGGAGGAAGAAGAAGAGGAAGAAAACGAGAACGUAGAGGAAUCAGAAGAGGAGAUACCAGAGAAAGAGCUACAGAAAGAUAUGGUGACACAUCUCGUGAGACUGAGUGAGAAUUCACCAGAAAACGUCGAACGCAGGAUCUCACACUACAAAGACACUGUUCUGAGAACGCUGGAGGACUACAUGGCGGAUCAUGACCCAUUGUACUUAUUUGAACUUGAUGGGAACAAGGAGCCUGAGGAGCUAACUGCAUCUGUGCUGUCUCGUCUUGAGUCCAUGGCUGUGAGGAGUGCUGCUGUACCUGUUCACCUUCUGCAGUCAGAGGACGAAGAGAUCCCUGAUGACAUUAACACGGAUGAGGUAUUACGGGCCCUGGCCUCCUAUAAGAUGGUGUCCCCAGGUUUCCGUUGGCGGAGGAGUCGCUGGGGCCUUUCCUGCCCUGUUGCCCUCAGAGCGGGAAAGAUUAUCAGGGGGAAACCAGAAUUUGCCAUGGGGUUCCUAGAUAAGCUCUACGUGCUUUCAUCUAAGGAGGCCCUCCAGCUUUUCGUGGAGAACCCGCGGCGGUACCUGCUGCCCCCAAUGCCGCGGCCGCCCUGCAAGGUGGCGAUCAUCGGCCCGGCGUGCUCAGGGAAGACCAGUCUAAGCGGCCUGCUGGCCCAGCACUAUGGGGCAGUGGUGGUGGACAUGGAGCAACUGAUGGAGCCAGUGGUGACCAAGGCCAGGGAGGAGAGGCUGGAGAACAUCCGCCGUGAGGCCACAACCUCCGCCCUACAGAAGAUCAAAAUGAAAAUGGAACUCGAAGCCAAUCAAAGUCCAGAGCCAUCUGAGGAUCAACCUGAUGUUGAGGCUGUUGCCGUGGUAACAGAGCUGACGGAGGAUCACCCAGAGGUUCAGGCUCUUGUCAAUGAGGAGCUUAAGAAGGCAGGGCAGAUAGAGAUCCCGCCCCCUGCGGACCUGUACAUGGAGACGUUGGAAAAGCACCUGAGACAGAUCGAAGAGGAAGAUGCAGACAAGGAAUUUAAAAGAGGCUGGGUGCUGGACAACUUUCCCAGGAACAAGUCAGAGUUGGCGACAUUGCAGGAAUUAUAUGAAGGGAUCAUGCCAGACAUCCUGUUCUGUUUGAAGAACAAUGAGGAAGAGAGUAGGACUGUCCUGAGACGUCUCUACCAUAAGAACAAAGAGCAGGUAGAUUCUGCAGUGCUUACGAGGUUGCGAAAGGAGCACAAACAGAAAACUGAAAAAGCCCAGGAAUCCCUUCAGAGUGUUGGAGACUCAUCAGAGGGCUAUAAAACCACUGACAGCAUAUCCAAACUGGAGCCAGUGCCUGAGGAGUCUAAUGAGGGCGCAGCCAUGCCUGAGAAGGAGGAUGAACGUAAAGCCCCAGACUCUGAUGAAGAAAAAAGAGAACGAGCUGAAGCGGAGGUUAUGUUACCGGCAGACUGGGGACAGGCCGGCUUUCCGGACGGGCCGGAGAUGAACACCUUUAAGGUGCAGCUCAAACGCUUUGACCUGGACUGGGAGAGUAUGAAGUCCUGCAUCACACGAGGCUACGGCAUCCUGGAGAUCGGCCAAAAAACACAGCAUGAGCUUCUACAGGAGAUGAUCCACAAGAUGGAAAAGCCUUUAAAGUAUGUGAGUUGGGAGGUGGCGGGCGUAGACCUGGAUGAGGAAGAGGAGGAUCAUCAGGCCCUGCUGGAUAUACUGAAAGCAGAGGAGGCUGAGGAGGAAGAGGAACACGAGGCCGAGGAGGAAAGCGUCUCUAAGAAAAUGCUAGGGGACAGCAGGGAUUUCUGCUCUGUGGUUCUGAAGGAGAGAGGCACUCUGGUGCCCUGUUUGGACGACUACGCAGCCAAGUACCGUGAGAAGACUUACUGUUUCUCCAGCCCGGAGGCACGAGACAAGUUCAUUACGAACCCAGAACUUUACGUUUCACAAACGGAGCCACUGAAGGCCCCAGCGUUGCGGGUCUUGCUGCUGGGGGUGCGGGGAUCAGGUAAGACCACGCACGGCAGGUGGCUGGCAGAUCAGCUGGGUCUGUUUCACGUCCAGUUCCGUGAGCUUCUCCAGGAGAUGAUCGUGGCUAAGACGCAGAGCCGCGUGCCCUACUCAGACGACAAUGAGCCCGCUGAGGAGUCCCUCGAGGAGCUGCAGGCGACACCUACUGGCACGGAGGACAAGCAAGGCGAGGACCCCAUGCUGACUGAUGAAGAGGAGGCCAUAAAGUCGUAUCUGUCUGACAGGGAGCCGCUGCCUCAGGAAAUCAUGGAGAUGAUUUUGCCACAGUUUUGGGACAAAGAACCUUACAGGUCCACAGGUUUUAUCCUUGAGGGGUUUCCUUACAAUGCUGAAGAGGUGCAGUUCAUCAUGGAUCAUUACCUGUUCCCAGAUGUGGUCGUGGUCAUGUCGCUGGACGUGACGGACAUCGUGAGCUGGCAGUUGCCGCCGCGGCUGUCUCGGUGGCGGGAGAGACGAGAUCGAAAGAGAGAGAUCCAGCGAAGGCUCAAGGAACUUCGCACAAAACAGAGGGAAGAGGCUAUUGCACAGAGAAGAGCCCAACUCAGAGCUGAACACAUGGCCGCACAGCAGGUAAACACAGAGAGGGAGCAUGACGAAGAGGAGUCAGGAGAGGAGCAGCAAGACUGGGAGGAGGAGUUAGAGGCGACCAUCCUCGAGGAGUUCCCGCCUGAGGAAGACGAGGACACAGAGGAUGAAGAGACAGAGGAAAGCGCCAUGGAGCGACUGGAGAUGGAGAUCGGCGACAGAUUCGAGACAGACGAGAGCAACCUCACCAAGAUCUUGGACCUUUUGGCAGAUAACCAGAUUCCACGCCUGACAAUCGCCGCGAGUCGUAAGGCAAGAAUUGUGCAUUAUCAGCUGAUGCAGAAGGUUAAGCCCCUGCUGGAGAACAGGGAAUCCCUGUUCAUGAGCUGCCUGCCAAUCAACUUCUCCCUUGCCCGGAAGCUACUUUACUACUCCUACAAAUACAACAGUGCCUUUGGACGCUGGGAUCCAGUUAAGUACACAGAAGGGGAUCUGAUCCAGCCCAUGCAGAGUCCAGACAACCCCAGCUAUCCCGUCAUCUUCCGACAGUUCAUCUACUUCUUCGCCUCCAAGGAGACACGCAACACCUUUAUGACGAACCCACUUAAAUACCUCCGCCAGCCGAAGCCCAACCCCUCUCGGCCAAUCAAACUGGCCAUCGUCGGCCCGCCCAAAUCCGGCAAGACCACAGUGGCACAGAUGUUUGCUCGUGAAUACGGCCUGGCACGUCUGUCUGUGGGCAACGCCAUGCGUAUGGUGCUGAGCCGACAGGGCAGAACGGAGCUGGCGGCCCAGAUCCUGAGACACCUGAACCAGGGCCUGAACGUGCCUGACGAACUGGUCGUCCAGUGCCUGGACGUGGCCCUCAUGGAUCUGGUGUGCACCACCCGCGGGUUUAUAUUGGACGGUUUCCCCAUGACGAAACGACAGGCGGAGCUGAUGGAGUUUCACAGUAUCAUUCCCGUGAGAGUGAUGGAGCUGCAGUUAGAGACAGUGGAGAUCCUGAAGAGGGGCUGCAGAGACAAGAGGAAAGAGAACAGACCAUACCCGGUCCAUGACAGCCCUCACAUCCUGAACGUUAAGACGUCGUGUUUUAAGCGCGAGGCGGAAGCCGUGCGGCUGCACUUCCGACAGCAGUACGAUAACUGGGUUCCCGUCGCCGCUGACAAGAGCAAGUGGUGGGUGUGGAACCGGGUUCUAGAGGAAGCCAAUGUCAGCAUGAGGCACAUCAACACCUACCUGGAGAGAAUCCGCAGUGGUCAGGCCGCCAGCAUCUACCGUCUGUGUAUCACACCCCAGGAGCUCCAGUCUCGCCUGGGUGAGUUUGGCCACUACUGUCCUGUAAGCCUGGCACUACAUCGCCACCUGGUGGACUGUUCCCAUCACACCACUCUGGAGCUUGCCGCAGAGUUCAGAGGUCACUACUACAAAAUGACUUCCAGAGAAUAUCUGGAGAGGUUCUUAGAGUCUCCAGAGCGAUUCGUGAUUCCUGGCUGCCCCUGUCCGCUGCCCCCUCCUCACCUGUUGCCACGGAAACUGAGUGAGGCCCAGGUGAAGAGCCGUUUCCCGCAGCAGGUGGAGAUGAAGGGCUACUGUCCCGUCACGUACCUGGACGGCCAGCAGAGGUACGAGGCCCUGGUGCGCGGAAACACCACGUACGCGGCCGAAUACCGAGAGAGAAUCUACAUCUUUGAGACGGAGGAGAAGCAGGAAAAGUUUCUGAGAUCUCCAGAGACAUACUGGGACCAGACACUGCCGCACAAGCUCCCACCAAUGGGAGAGCCGGUCCAGCUUACAUCUUUACCAAUGCUGGGCUACAUGGAACAGGGUAUGGCGAAAGCUAUUAUCAAAGCCAUGACUGCGGUGGGCUGCCUUAAGCCAAAGUUCCCCUACCUGAGUGUGAAACGAUCAGCCCUGCUGUACCUGGCCUUCCACCUGAAAGCCUUCAACCCCAAGAACCCAGACUACAUCCGUCAGAAGUACAAGAAGAGGCUGGCUCAGUUUGAGGAGAUCUGUGAACUCAUUCCCUACCUGGGAUCAAACAUGACGCGCAAGUACAAACCUCCCCCUGACCGGCCCACAGACUUUGAGCCCAAGCUGAAGAGGUUUCUGGCACUGGAGGAGUCAACCAAAACUGCUUCAGGCCUCUUACAACUAGGAGGGAGUUAA